CGGCACCGGAAGUGGCCGCCCAGCUUGACUUCCGCUCCCAGGGUAAGAACCCUUGCGGCUCGCCCACCGGUUGCCAGAAAACCGCUAGGAGUCAGAUCAUGGAGGCAGCGCGCCCUCCGUCGACGGCGGGAAAGUUUGUGGUGGUUGGCGGUGGCAUCGCGGGUGUCACCUGUGCUGAGCAGUUGGCUAUUCACUUUCCAUCAGAAGAUAUUCUCCUGGUAACAGCUUCUCCUGUUAUUAAAGCAGUUACAAAUUUCAAGCAGGUUUCUAAAGUAUUGGAGGAAUUUGAUGUUGAAGAGCAACCGAAUACCAUGUUAGAAAAUCGCUUUCCCAACAUUAAGGUUAUAGAAUCCGGAGUAAAGCAACUGAAGAGUAAAGAACAUUGCAUUUUAACAGGAGAUGGCAGUCAGCAUGUAUAUAAGAAACUCUGUCUGUGUGCUGGAGCUAAGCCAAAGUUGAUAUGUGAAGGAAAUCCUUAUGUAUUAGGAAUCCGUGAUACAGACAGUGCUCAGGAAUUUCAGAAACAGCUUACUAAAGCCAAAAGAAUAAUGAUCAUAGGGAAUGGUGGCAUUGCACUUGAACUAGUGUAUGAAAUUGAAGGCUGUGAAGUCAUUUGGGCCAUUAAAGACAAAGCCAUUGGGAAUACUUUCUUCGAUGCAGGUGCAGCUGAAUUCUUGACUUCAAAGCUCAUUGCUGAAAAACCAGAGGCUAAAAUUGCACAUAAAAGAACCAGAUAUACAACUGAAGGAAGAAAAAAGGAAGCACAAACCAAAGGUAGUGCUGGCAAUAUGGGCAGUGCCUUGGGACCUGAUUGGCAUGAAGGCUUGAAUCUUAAAGGAACAAAAGAGUUUUCUCGUAAGAUUCACAUUGAAACUAUGUGUGAAGUAAAGAAAAUCUACCUUCAGGAAGAAUUUAGAAUUUCGAGGAAAAAGUCCUUGCCUUUUCCGAGAGACCAUCAUAAUCAGCCAGUCACAACUGAUAAAGAGGUAUGGCCUGUAUAUGUGGAAUUGACCAGUGAAAAGAUAUACGGCUGUGAUUUCAUUGUCAGUGCUACAGGAGUUACACCAAAUAUAGAACCUUUUCUCUGUGGCAACAAUUUUGAUCUAGGCGAAGAUGGUGGCCUGAAAGUGGAUGAUCACAUGCACACGUCUCUCUCUGAUAUCUAUGCUGCAGGUGACAUCUGCACUGCGUCAUGGCAGCCCAGCCCAGUGUGGCAGCAGAUGAGGCUGUGGACCCAGGCUAGACAGAUGGGGUGGUACGCAGCCAAGUGCAUGGCCGCAGCUACUUUAGGACAAUCUACUGACAUGGACUUCAGCUUUGAACUUUUUGCUCACGUAACAAAAUUCUUUAACUAUAAGGUUGUAUUGCUGGGAAAAUACAAUGCACAGGGCUUAGGUUCAGAUCAUGAAUUAAUGCUGAGAUGUACCAAAGGACAAGAAUACGUCAAAGUCGUCAUGCAGAAUGGGCGCAUGAUGGGAGCUGUCUUAAUUGGUGAAACUGACUUAGAAGAAACAUUUGAAAACUUAAUUUUAAAUCAAAUGGAUCUUUCAUCAUAUGGAGAAGAUCUGCUAGAUCCCAAUAUUGAUUUAGAAGAUUAUUUUGAUUAAUAAAAGCAUUUCAAGAGCUACAUAAUGUUCCAAAUAAUACAAAGUCACAAUAAGGUAAAAUUUAAUAGAAGUGAUAAUGAUUUCAGUGGCAAAGUUUUAAAAUAUAUUUUUUCUAACUUAAAACCUAGCACUUAAUGUAAAUUUAAGUUAUUCAUUUCUAAUUUAGCUUUGGGGCAGAUUCAGCUAGGUUGUGAUCUACUUAGCCAACAACUUGGCCUGGUACACCAGAAUCAUUCUGAUUGAAAUGUUAGAGAGGGCUGUGGUUUCAAGAGGCUUAUAGUUUGGUUUUACUUCUAGAAAUGUAGCAAUAGCUUACUUACUAAUAUCAUUUGUAUUGAUACUUUAUUCCUUUUGCAUUUGGAUUCCACAGCUGUUAAGAGCUGAAAUCACCCCCUUUGUAAUAAGCCUAUAUAAAAUAUUCCACGUGAUAACACUGCUAUCAACAGUUAGUUAUGUAAAAAUAAUACGAGUUUAUGUGAACUUUAGUUUACAUUUUUCUCAUUUUAUACUGUCAAUUUUUAUAAAUCAUGAUCUCAAGCAUUCAAGCCUUCAAUAUUAAUGAAAUUGUCUUAAACUACAAAAUAAUGGUGUAUAUGUACAUAAAAUGUUUUCUUGGAAAAUUCGGAAACACUUCUUUUCUUAGAUUGCUGAAGCAUGUUUGCAGACUUUUGGAAGUUACCUGAAUUGUUUUCUUUCCUCUUUAUCAGCUCCUUUAGCAUGAUACGUUUGAAGUGAUUCAGUCUACAAACAAAAACAAACACUUUGGUAAAAACUCA